AUGAAGAAGGAAAAACAAAAAACGGAGACGAAAAGCAAUAAAGAUCUAUCAUCUAUCUAUCUAUCUCAGUCCUUUUCAUAUCUAUCUAUCUAUCUAUCUAUCUAUCUAUCUAUCUAUCUGCAAAUAUCUACCUAUGAGAUAUAUAAUCUCAGUCUGUUCAUUAUUUAUCUAUCAAUCUCUUUUCAUUAUCUAUCUCUGUUCAUUAUCUAUCUAUCUAUCUAUCUAUCUAUCUAUCUCAGUCCUUUUCAUAUCUAUCUAUCUAUCUAUCUAUCUAUCUAUCUGCAAAUAUCUACCUAUGAGAUAUAUAAUCUCAUCUGUUCAUUAUUUAUCUAUCAAUCUCUUAUCAUUAUCUAUCUCUGUUCAUUAUCUAUCUAUCUAUCUAUCUAUCUAUCUAUCUAUCUAUCUAUCUAUCUAUCUCAGUCCUUUUCAUAUCUAUCUAUCUAUCUAUCUAUCUAUCUAUCUAUCUAUCUAUCUAUCUAUCUAUCUAUCUAUUGCACCGGCCUCUAA